AUGACCAGUCUCCUCUCCUACUUACCCCCUUUCGAGGGCCUUCUGCCCAAAUGGCUCGUCUUGGUCUCCGUCGUCUCUGCAAUCAAUAGCCUCGAAGCCUAUCGCUCAGACAACUACGCCGCAUCACUCUACAACGGCAGAACUGCUGAUGGCCGCUCGUCCGUGUGUCCUCUAUCCUCCCGCACCUUUGGCACCUGGACCUUCCUUUCCGCCGUCGUCCGCAUGUACGCGGCCUACCACAUCACAACUCCCGCUGUAUACGACCUUGCAAUCUGGACCUUCGGUAUUGCCCUUGUACACUUUAUCGGCGAGUGGUUGGUUUUCGGUACCGCGCAGCUCAAGGGGCGGUUUGUGAGCCCGUUGAUUGUUGCGUCCUCGACAUUGACUUGGAUGUUGACGCAGAGGGAAGCUUAUCUCUCUGCGUAG